AUGGCAGACAAUUUUGCAAUAAAUCAACUUAAAAAAUAUGGUUGGUCGCAAGAUCAAGGUUUAGGAAAAAAUUCUGAGGGAAGAAGAAAACCGAUAACAGUAUCGACAAAGAACGACACUCACGGGCUUGGUGCUAAUUCUGUGGAUUGGUCAUUCGAAUGGUGGGAUCAUGUAUAUAACAACACUCUAAACAAUAUACAAGUAUCGAAGACAGAUGAUGGGGAUGUGAAGGUUUCCAAAAUUGUCAACGAAAGUACGAUCCCAAGAAACAAAAUGGGAAUAAUCAGUACUGACGAGUCAAUGUAUUCUCUAUCGGGUUCCACGGGCAACUCGGAAUCACCAUCCUCUUCAAAAAAGGUGGUAAAAAAACAACAUCUGUAUAAUGGUUUUGUCAAGAGUUCCACAGGACCAUUGGAUUUAAGCAGUAUGAGCAAAAAAUCUCGAGAAUCAGAUGCGAAUGAACAUUACUUGUCGCCUUCGCACAUGAACACCUUGAAUGGUGAUAGUGUUCGAGAUGAUUUUCAAAAGGUUGAAAAUCAAAAUGGAAAAAUAUCGUGUGAAAAAUUGGAUAAGAUUUCCGAAGUAGAUAAAGUACAAAAGAAGAGACGGCGUAAAAAGCAUAAAAGAGACGGCGUAAAGAGCAUAAAAAAGAAGAAAGAAACUAGAUAA